AUGUCCCCACCCUCCCACCAAGUCUCCACCUUACCACCAUGUCCCCAAUGUCCCACCAUGUCUCCACCUUACCACCAUGUCCUCACCGUCCCACCAUGUCCUCACCAUCCCACCAUGUCUCCACUGUUCCACCAUGUCUCCACCUUACCACCAUGUCCUCACCGUCCCACCAUGUCCUCACCAUCCCACCAUGUCUCCACCUUACCACCAUGUCCCCACUAUCCCACCAAGUCUCCACCUUACCACAAUGUCCCCACUGUUCCACCAUGUCCCGAACGUCCCACCAUGUCUCCACCUUACAACCAUGUCCCCACCUUACCACCAUGUCUCCACUGUCCCACCGUGUCCCCACCAUUUCUCCACUGUCCCACCAUGUCCCCACCAUCCCACCAUGUCUCCACCUUACCACUAUGUCCCCACUAUCCCACCAAGUCUCCACCUUACCACCAUGUCUCCACUGUCCCACCAUGUCCCCACCAUGUCUCCACCAUCCCACCAUGUCUCCACCUUACCACAAUGUCCCCACCAUCCCAUUACGUCUCCACCUUACCACCAUGUCCCUACCAUCCCACCAUGUCUCCACCUCACCACCAUGUCACCACUGUCCCACCAUGUCUCCAAAGUUCUGCCAUGUCUCCACCUUACCUCCAUGUCUCCACCAUCCCACCAUGUCCCCAAAGUUCCCCCAUGUCCCCAAAGUUCCACCAUGUCUCCACCUUACCACCAUGUCCCCACCAUGCCACCAUGUCUCCACCUUACCAUAAUGUCCCCACCAUGUCUCCACCUUACCACCAUGUCCUCACCGUCCCACCAUGUCCUCACCAUCCCACCAUGUCUCCACCUUACCACCAUGUCCCCACUAUCCCACCAAGUCUCCACCUUACCACAAUGUCCCCACUGUUCCACCAUGUCCCGAACGUCCCACCAUGUCUCCACCUUACAACCAUGUCCCCACCUUACCACCAUGUCUCCACUGUCCCACCAUGUCCCCACCAUGUCUCCACCUUACCACUAUGUCCCCACUAUCCCACCAAGUCUCCACCUUACCACCAUGUCUCCACCAUCCCACCAUGUCUCCACCUUACCACAAUGUCCCCACCAUCCCAUUACGUCUCCACCUUACCACCAUGUCCCUACCAUCCCACCAUGUCUCCACCUCACCACCAUGUCACCACUGUCCCACCAUGUCUCAAAAGUUCUGCCAUGUCUCCACCUUACCUCCAUGUCUCCACCAUCCCACCAUGUCCCCAAAGUUCCCCCAUGUCCCCAAAGUUCCACCAUGUCUCCACCUUACCACCAUGUCCCCACCAUGCCACCAUGUCUCCACUUUACCAUAAUGUCCCCACCAUGUCUCCACCUUACCACCAUUUCCCCACCAUGUCUCCACUGUCCCAACAUGUCCCCACCAUCCCACCAUGUCUACACCUUAACGCCAUGUCCCCACCACCCAACAAUGUCUCCACCUUACCACCAUGUCCCCACCAUGCCACCAUGUCUCCACUGUCCCAUCAUGUCUCCACCUUACCACCAUGUCCCCACUAUGUCUCCAUCUUAUCACCAUGUCUCCACCUUACCACCAUGUCCCCACUAUGUCUUCAUCUUAUCACCAUGUCUCCACCUUACCCCCAUGUCCCCACCAUGCCACCAUGUCUCCACUGUCCAAUCAUGUCUCCACCUUACCCCCAUGUCCCCACCAUGUCUCCACUGUCCAAUCAUGUCUCCACCAUCCCACCAUGUCCCUAA